GUGUUAACUAAUACAUGUCCCCCUUUCUACUGAGAAUGGUACAGUCUCAGCAGCGGCUUUGCCGGUUUCCUGCACUGUGUAUCCCUGCGGUUCACUUAUCAGGCUUCCUUUACUACCAGGUGGUUUACUGAUUUUGACUUUAUCAAGCUCAAGGAUCAAUUAUCAACCUUCAAAAUAUGUAAUCUAAAAAGGGUUUUCUAGCUAAGCUGACGUUUAAAUCGGCCAAUCUUGUAAAAGCAAGGGGAGUGCGUAUGCAGCCUGAUCGAAAUUGUCACCUGAAAGACAGAGCUGAGGCCAUAUACUUGUUAUUUUACAGCGAAAAAUGUAAAUCAUUUGCAUAUUGAGCAGAUUGAGCACCGCGCUAGCAGCAGAAGCUACAGUCCUGCAGACAGAGGUUGGUUUGGAGCUGCUGUGGAGUGACGUCUUUCUGGUUUCCCGGCUUUUGUUGAACUGUCAUUACGAAAAACGUCCGGACUACAUGCAAAGGAGGCCAAGGGGUCUGCUACCUCUGAAAACAGGAAUCCAGAGACUAGCCCCUGAGGAUAUGGACAUACUGAGCUAUAGAGGCUACAUUCUCCUGUGGAUAUUGAGAGUAUUAUAAUGGCACUGGGACAUUACACAAGAGGGAGCAAUUAUUUAAAUGCAGGUAUUCAGAACUCGUUGGAUGAGAACCAGUUUACCCCACAUGAAUAACUUCUUGAUCAUCUACUUGCAGAUUUCCCAUGCUACUUCCAGUGAAAGCAUACACUGACUUUUGAUCAAAGUGGUGAGAUCUUCCUGAUUUCCUACUCCCAUUCAUACAUUCUUUAAGCUCCCCUCACCUGUAUCCUGCUAAAAUGACUACUUCAGAGUGGGGUGAGAAAUCCUCAGCGGACCUUAUGAGUCGGUAUGUCUCCAAGGAAAUGGGAUAUGGAGUUCCCAAGGAGGGUUGGCGUAUCUGUCUGGCACAUGAGUUCAAGGAGAAGAGGAAGCCCUUUCAAGCAAAGGAUGUCUCGCUGUCCAACGUCUUGGAGCACGUUGGGCUUGGGAUCAGGUAUCUGAAGUGGUGGUACAAAAAGACCCAGGUGGAAAAGAAAGCUCCGUUCAUUGAUAUGUUUCGUGCCCAACCCUUGCGACAAAUAUAUGGUGCUCCACUUGGUGGUAUCGGAGGAGGAACCAUCACGAGAGGUUGGAGGGGGGAGUUCUGCAGAUGGCAACUUAACCCCGGGAUGUACCACUAUAAAACUGUCACAGCAAACCAGUUUACAGUUUGUUUACGCCGUGGAGGGCAAACGGUUUACCAGCAGGUGCUCUCUGUAGAGCGUCCUCCCACUCUGCAGGGCUGGAACUGGGGCUACUGUGGAGAGUACGCCUUCUAUCACGCCUUGUACCCCCGCGCCUGGACCGUUUACCACCUGCCGGGACAGAACGUCACUUUAACCUGCAGGCAGAUUUCCCCAGUCAUCCCCCACGACUACCAGGACUCUAGUCUCCCAGUGGCAGUAUUUGUGUGGGACAUAGAGAACAAGAAUGACUACGCUUUGGAUGUCUCCAUCAUGUUCACCAUGGUCAACGGGUCGGGACACAAGGAAGAUAAGAGCGGGGGACACUGGAAUGAACCAUUCCACCUGGAGAAGGAGGGGGAGGCGGUGUCUGGGGUUUUACUACAUCACUGCCUUGCUGUGAACCCUUACACUCUGUGCAUCGCAGCCCGAGAACAGCCUGACAGGGAGGUCAGUCACCAGACAGCGUUCAGUCCAAAGGGAACCUGCAGCGGCCUGUGGAGUGACCUCAUCACUGAUGGACGGCUGGACUCUCCCACAGUAACAGAAAAAAUAGAUGGAAAGAAGAAGAAGAAGGAAAGAAACUGA